UGUCCGGGGCGGCCGGGGGCAGCGGGGAGGCGCCGUCAGCAGGUAGAAACUGUCGCUUUUUGCAGGAAAUGGAUGUCAUCCAGGAACAGGAUGAAAACUGUUACUGCUAUAUGCAAAACAGAACCAUUCACUUACAGUACGUUUGGUCAACUCUUCAGGUAAAAGUUAACAGCAGAGAAAUGUUCAGGUUUGAGCCUAUUUCAGAAAAAAGCAACUGUCGUAAUUCAGAAACUGUUUUUGAGUUUGCUGCAUGUGCUGUUCAAAUCUUCUGGAAACCAGAGACAUCUACAGAAACUUUCAUAAGCAUAAAACAAUAUGGAGAGGAUAUUUGUUUCAAAAUACAGCCCUUCAAAACCAAACCGUACACUGUGAGUGUGAAACGAGAAAUGCUAGAUGGAAAGCUCUUGUUUUUGUUUGUAGCUGGAAUUUUUCUGUUCCAUUUUGCAAACAGCCUGAGCAGGAGUACCAAGUUCUUUUACCUUUCCGGAAUAAUACUGGGUGUUCUUGCUCUGCUAGUCUUUGUCCUGUUGACACUUAAAAGGUUUAUUCCAAGGCACAGUACCUUCUGGAUCUUAAUGAGUGGCUGCUGGAUGUCCUCUCUCUAUUUUAUUUACUGCUUCAAAGAGAAUAUGCAGUGGUUGUGGUCUGAACACAGGAACUACUUGUUGGGGUAUUUGCUGGCUGUUGGAAUUACCAGCUUUGCCACUUGCUAUCAGCAUGGACCGCUUACCACUGAACUGAGCAUAACCUUGUUCACAUGGACGCUACAAUUAACAGCCUUUGUCUUGAUUUAUUGUGGUGUCACCAUACCUCAAGUUGCAUAUGCAGUAAUAGCAGUCAGCCUCUGUUCAAAAGGCCUGUGUUACCCCCUUGGUGCUGCUUGUCACAUAGGCAGAAAAAUGAAGAAUCACUUUAAAUCAAAAAAGUUAGUGUUUAAAUGCCUUACUGAAGAGGAGUACCGAGAACAAGGUGAAACAGAAACUAUCAGAGCUCUGGAGGAGCUACGCUCAUUCUGCAGGAACCCUGACUUCCCAUCAUGGUUAGCCGUAUCCAGACUCCAGUCCCCACAUAGGUUUGCAGGUUUUGUUCUGGGAUCUCCCCACGUCUCACCUGCAGAAACAAAGGCGCAUGAUGAGGAAUACGGCAUCGGGAGCUUCUUCCUGGAAGAGCAGCUCUUUGAGACAAGGGCAGAAUCUGAGCAAGAUGAUCCAGCCAAUUCCAUCCAUGAAGGAGAUGAGGAGGAUGAAGAUGAAAUGCAUAAACAGAUUUCAUUUCCAUAUGCUACCGAGUUGCUCUGAGCUUUGGGAAAUAACCAAAAAAAAGGAGAGAGGGAAAACACAUUCGUCCUAGAAAGGAAGGAUACAGACUGAGAACUCACGCUUGGUGAUUUCUUGUGGUUGUGCUGGUGGACAAACAAGGAUUUCUGAAAAAACUGUUUCCUGUAUCACUGAUGUUGCCCGAUUAGAGCAACAGAAGGAAACCAUAGGGGCUGUUCAAGUGAAGAGGAUUCUCAUGCUAUUGGUACUUUAACUGGGGAAGUAAAUGUUGCUUGUUUCCAAAGCAAGUACUGGCAGCAGCCUGUCCCACCAGGAUGCCUUGUUUUUCCAAGGAUACUACCUCUAGAGAACAGAGAAUCUCUUUUGGCCCUUUCCAUUGUCAAGGCCUCUGUGCUGAGCACUAGAGGGAGGAGAAGCCAUUAUUAAUACUCUAAUUUUACUAAGUACCCUAUGUGUCAACAAUUUUAAUAAUGCUGUUAGUGUGCUGAUAAACUAUUUUUAUUGUUUGUAAGACUUUUCGGUGCUAAAGAUCAAUAGAGAGUUAACACAAUUGAAUGAGGUUUGUUUGCUCUUCUGGC